AUUCACACUAAGUGCUGCUUCACUGAGGAACUGAACACUAUGGACUUACCGUGAUCGCUUCUCUGCUGGACUGGACACGCAGGGAAACUGUUAUCAGAAGGUGAGUGGAGAGACCCCUGCAAAUCCAAUGUCCACCGAACAGGAUUCUGGACCUGCUGCCGUCUCACACAUGGAUGUGCAGGGGUACAGACGAGUGUGCUGGAAGGUGUGGCUCGGUCAUUUCGGAGCGCUGUGUACCUUGGGAUUGCUGCUGGUUUUAUUCAAGUGGCGACCACGGCUUGGAGUUCUGGCUCGCUGUUCCUCCUGCCCCAUUCCUCUGGCAGAUACCCUAUUAAUAAGGGAUAGCCAUGGACAGCAGCAUGUCAUAGAUGUACAUAUAGAAGAGAUUGAGGAGGGCAGUUUAGACUGUAUAGAGGGAGAGUUGGAUGAAAGUGAGUCCCGUGAUGAUGUCCAACUACAUCAAGACAAAAAAACCUUUCUGCGAUACUAUGUGUUUGAAGGCCUGCGAUAUGUGUGGAUGUCCAAAAAAGGGGCUUUUUGCAGAGUUAGUAUCCUCAAUGAGGGUUGGACUUGUGCUGAUUUACAUCGUCAGAAGCAAGGCCUGAGUCAAAUGGAACAAAGCUCAAGGAGACAGAUCUUCGGAGACAAUAUCAUUGAUGUGCCUGUAAAGUCUUACUUGGCGCUGCUAAUUGAAGAGGUCCUGAACCCCUUCUACAUGUUUCAAGUGUUUAGUGUCAUCCUAUGGAUGUGUGAUAACUAUUACUAUUAUGCUAUGUGCAUACUUCUUAUAUCCUUCAUCUCCAUCUUUGUGUCCCUGUAUGAGAUCAGGAAGCAAAGCAAAACUCUUCGCAGAAUGGCUCAGCUGAUAGUAAACGUCACAGUACGCAGAUCCACUGGAGAGGAAGAGAGUAUAAGUUCAGUGGAGCUGGUGCCUGGAGACUGUGUGGUGAUUCCAUCUGAAGGUUUGCUCAUGCCGUGUGAUGCUGCCCUGCUGGCCGGGGAGUGCAUGGUCAACGAGAGCAUGCUUACUGGUGAAAGUGUACCUGUGAUGAAGAUGCCAUUGCCUGUCAGUGAUGUGAAGUUUAGCUUCGAUUCUCAGCGCAGACACACACUGUUCUGUGGUACUCAGAUCAUCCAGUCGAAAGGGGGGGUGAUAGCUGUUGUCACAAGCACAGGGUUUUUCACUGCUAAAGGUGAUCUCGUCAGUUCCAUUCUCUACCCACAACCAAUCAACUUUCGUUUCUAUAAGGAUGCUAUGAAAUUCCUACUUGUCUUAGGAGUCCUGGCAUCAAUUGGGACAAUUUACAGCGCAGUGGUGCUUUUAAGGAGCAAUAGUACCUUGGUAGAGGUAAUUAUACGGGCUCUAGAUAUUGUGACCAUUGUGGUGCCACCUGCUCUGCCCGCUGCACUGACAACGGGCACUCUUUAUGCCCAACGACGCCUUAAGAACCAUGGAGUGUUUUGUAUAAGCCCGCCUCGCAUCAAUGUCUGUGGAAAGAUCUCUCUCUUCUGCUUUGACAAGACAGGCACCCUGACUGAAGAGGGUUUGGAUGUGUGGGGGGUGAAAGAGGUCAGCACAGAUAGGGAAGGAUUUGAUGAGUUGGUACCAGACCCACAUCUUCUGCCGCCUGGUCCUAUGCUGUAUGCUCUGGCGUCCUGCCACUCUGUUGGUUUGCUGGGAGGGCAGCUCAUUGGAGACCCACUGGAACUGAAGAUGAUAGAGUCCACUGGCUGGGAACUGAAAGAACCCACUGAUGAAACAGACAGGAGUGCUGAGUUUGGAAAUCAUCGGAUCCUUGCAGUGAUGAGGCCACCUGGGGCUGAGGACCAACCAGAAGGCGUGUGCAUCAGUCAGUCAGUGGCAAUUGUUCGGCGUUUCCCAUUCUCUUCGUCUCUACAGAGGAUGAGUGUGGUGGUGGUGGACUCAGGAGGGAACUCCACAUACUGCUUCCUCAAAGGGGCACCAGAGAUGGUGGCCAGCCACUGUGUGACAGAAAGCGUUCCUGCUCAGUUUUCCACUACGCUUCGAGAGUUUGCUAGUGAAGGCUUCAGGGUCAUAGCACUUGCAUACAAGAAGCUGGAUGCACCAACAGACCUAAACACUAUUGAAAGGGUAGAAGUGGAGAAGGGCUUGCAGUUCCUGGGCCUGUUGGUGAUGAAGAACCAGGUGAAGCCUGAGAGUGCAGGAGUAAUCAGUACUCUCAGACAAGCUCAAAUCCGACCUGUUAUGGUCACUGGUGAUAAUAUUCUUACAGCUCUGAAUGUAGCGCGGACAUGUGGGAUGGUAUCAUCACAUGAGCAAGUGAUUUUCGUUCACGCAUCGCCCCCCUUUGCCAACUCGAUGGCAUCAUUGCGGUUUCACCUAGGUGAUGGUGGCACUGCUGUCGUCAGCACACUAGUGACCAUGCCUAUGCUGGAACAGGGCCUUUACCAGAACAGUCUCAAGUAUCAUUUGGCUAUAAAUGGAAAGUCAUUUGCAGCACUGUGUGAUUAUUUUCCAGAGCAUCUACCUAAGAUUUUGAUGAGAGGCACAGUUUAUGCCCGGAUGUCUCCUGAUCAGAAAACUCAGCUGGUCAAAGCACUACAGAAUCUAAAUUACCGAGUAGGGAUGUGUGGGGACGGAGCGAACGACUGUGGAGCUCUGAGAGCUGCUGAUGUUGGGGUGUCUCUGUCUGAGGCUGAAGCUUCUGUUGCCUCUCCUUUUACCUCCAAAUCUGACAACAUCAGCUGUGUGCCUUUGCUUAUCAGAGAGGGAAGAUGUUCACUGGUGACGUCCUUCAGUCUUUUCAAGUAUAUGGCGUUAUAUAGUCUGAUCCAGUUUGCCACUGUACUCAUCCUCUACACGAUAAAAACAAACUUGGGUGAUUGGCAGUUCCUCUUCUUUGACUUGGUCCUGGUUACACUGUUAGCUAUAGUGAUGGGUCGAGGCGGCCCCAGUGAAGAUCUUUACCCCCAGCGCCCCCCUGCCAGCCUUCUCACUGUGCCCGUUUUCUCGGCUUUACUCACUCACACACUGAUGCUGAUCCUCGGCCAGGUUGCUGCUUUGCUCAUCACCGUUUCACAAGACUGGUACAUCCCUCUCAAUUCCACUUAUUCUGGGUCAGCAAAUCUGCCUAACAUGGAGGACACGAGUGUGUUUCUCCUGUCAGGGUUCCAGUACAUUAUUAUGUCUAUAAUAGUGACGAAAGGUUAUCCCUACAAGAAACCUCUCUACCAUAAUGUUUUGUUUCUGUUGGCGAUCCUGGUCCUGAUAUCAUUAAUGCUUUGGCUGGUUUUGGUUCCCAAGACUAUCCUACACAGACUGCUGCAGAUUUAUGACAUCACUGACAUGAACUACAACCUGCUGAUUGUAGCUCUUGCUGCUCUCAAUUUUUUUGUCUGCUACUUACUGGAGGUUGUUAUUGACAGAUUCGCCUUGAGCUGUCUUCAUGCCCUUCGUGGUAAUCGGGAGUCAAAAAAGCAGUACAAGCGCUUAGAUGCACAACUGGCAGAGACCACCUCCUGGCCGCCCCUCGAUCAGCAGCUCUACCCACCACAGUGUUCUGUUAUCGGAGUUAGCUAGCAUUGGCCUCCUCUAAACACCUUUAUUUUUAACGGCUAAGAGGGCCACUAAUGUUCCUCCUAAUGCUCAAUACGGUGAGGGUCAGGUUCACCCGGACCAGUGUCCCACAGAUAUUUAUUUAACGUGUAUUUAUUUAACGUGAAUCAAGUGGGUUACAAAAGGAGGUAGUUGUAGUUUAUGGCUGACAUGAUGAACCCUAUGCAGAGGGCUGUGGGGUUGUUUCAUACUGACUUAUGAAGAGGGUUUUACUAUGAAGGGCCAUGACAACCCAUGAAAACCCAAACCCAGUUCAGUUUCAGGGAAAUGAUCAUUAUAAAGGAAAAUAAUGAGAACAGACCAAUGGACCAAAUGUUUUUGAAAUGCUGUCCUCAGCUGUCAAAAUCUAUGUUACAUAUGCAGUAUGUAGGUGUUUAUUCUAAAUAUAUACCUCAUUGAAAAAAUAGCUUUACUUUUUUUUUAUUAAUAUUAAAAAAUAUUUACAAUU